CUGGAAUUGGGGAAGUUGAUGAUGAGAUUCAUGAAAUUGUGAAUAAUAAUUCACUAGACGGAGUUUUAAAUUCUCAUGUACAAUGGCUUCCUGGAAAACGACAUGGCAGUGAGGGAUUUCAAAAUGUCUCAAAGUUCGAAAGAGAAAGACCCGGCUUGGCGAUAUGGCGAUAGAGUUAAUGAGAAGAAUACAAAUGUCGUAUGCAAGUUUUGUAACAAGACGACAACGGGUGGAAUUUAUCGCUUUAAAUACCAUCUUAUUGGUGGCGAUAGAAAUGUCACAAGUUGUCCGAAAUGCCCACCGGAGGUGAGGAAAGAAAUAAAGAAUUUUGUUGAGAAGAAGAAGGAGCUAAAAAAUCAAAUGAGUCAUCAACCAAUGGUGACCAAUCUUGCUGCUGCUGAUGAUGAUAUUGAAGAAUUGUCAGUUCCAACAAAACGGGGAAGAGAUGGGUCAAAGCCAUGGAUCAUCGACUAAAGGUCCUAUAGAUUGCUACUUCCCAAAGAAGCCGGAAGCAAAAAGCGGUGGAAAAGAUGUACAAAAAUUGCUAAAGACAUUUUAAGGGAUUGUGCAGUUAGAGCUUUUGCACGAUGGGUCUAUGAUGCUGGGCUCCCCUUCAAUUGUGUCAACUAUGACACUUUUGGAGACUUUAUUGAGGCCGUUGGUCAAUACAGACCUGGAAUGAAGCCUCCCACUUAUCAUGAAAUAAGAGGCCCUUAUCUAAAUAAAGAAGUGGAGGAGACUAAUAAAAUUGUUGAGGAGCAUAAAGUUGUGUGGAACAAGUAUGGUUGCUCCAUUAUGAUGGAUAAGUGGACGACAAGAACGGGGAAAAUGAUUAUUAAUGUGUUGGUGAAUUCUCCCGGGGAAGUUUGUUUCUUGAGUCCAUUGAUGCUAGCGACACAUCCACUGACCACAUCAAAAUGUUCACCUUGUUUCAUAACACCAUCGAAAAGAUUGGCCCAAGCAAAGUUGUUCAAGUGGUCACUGAUAAUGCAAGUGAAAAUGUGAAAGCGAGUGGCAUGAUUGAAGGAGUGUACAAGAAUGUCUAUUGGACUCCAUGUACGGCUCAUUGUAUCAACUUGAUGUUCAGGGACAUUUUCAAGGAAAAACCCUUCUCUACAGUUUUUGGCCAGGGCGUUAGGGUACAUUCUUAUAUUUCUCAACGGCCCUUGUUAUUGAAUAUGAUGAGAAGAUUCACCAUGCAAAAAAAAUUGGUGAAAUCGGGCAAGACAAGGUUCGCCACUGCUUUCUUGACUUUGCAUAGUAUUCACUUGCAAAAAGACAAAUUGACAAAGAUGGUCACUUCAGAGGAAUGGAACAAGAGUAAAUUUGCUAAGGAAAGUGUGGGGAAAGAGGUUGCACGCAUUAUUCUUUCUUAUUCUUUUUGGAAUAAUGUCCUUCAUGCUCUUAAAAUUGGUGGCUCUUUAGUUAAAGUACUCCGUUUGGUGGAUGGGGAGCAAAAACUACCAAUGAGCUACCUCUAUGAAGUUAUGGAUAGGGUCAAGGAGGCUAUUCAAGCAUCAUUCACUGAUGAGCAGAAAUAUGCAAAGGUCUUUCUGAUCAUUGAUGCAAGAUGGAAUGAGCAACUUCAUAGACCUUUGCAUGCAGCUGGACUUAUUCUGAACCCAUCACUAUUUUAUGAUCAGCAUGAAAAUAAUUCAUUGGCUAAAGAAGUGGACAAGAUUCCAUCAGGUUGUUAUCAAGUUGACCCCAGAUGAAAGACUUGCAAGAAAAGAUAGUAUAUCAGCUUGCUACUUACAAGGCAGCUAAAGGACUUUUUAAGCUCCGACUUGCUAUUAAACAAAGGAAGACGAAGUCGCCAGUGCAGGAUGAUGCUUCUAUUUCCUGGAGAAAAAGAAAGAAACACUUCUUUAUUUUGAGUCACUCGGGAAAACCAAUAUACUCAAGAUAUGGAGAUGAACACAAGCUCGCUGGAUUCUCUGCCACUUUGCAAGCCAUCAUAUCAUUUGUGGAGAAUGGGGGUGAUCGAGUCAACCUGAUCAGAGCUGGAAAGCACCAGGUAGUAUUUCUUGUGAAGGGACCUAUUUACUUGGUUUGCAUAAGCUGUACAGAAGAGCCUUAUAUGUCACUAAGGGGGCAACUAGAGCUCCUAUAUAAUCAGAUGAUACUUAUCCUUACAAGGUCUGUAAAUAGAUGUUUUGAGAAGAAUGCAAAAUUUGAUAUGACACCUCUGCUCGGAGGAACGGAUGUCGUCUUCUCUUCUCUUAUCCAUUCUUUCAGUUGGAAUCCAGCCACUUUUCUCCAUGCAUACACAUGCCUACGACUUGCUUAUGCAACAAGGCAAUCUGCUGGGGCCAUCUUGCAGGAUGUAGCUGAUUCAGGGGUCUUGUUUGCUAUGUUAAUGUGUAAACACAAGGUUAUCGGUCUCGUUGGUGCCCAAAAAGCCUCUCUUCACCCUGAUGAUAUGCUAUUGCUAUCCAAUUUUGUUAUGUCUUCUGAAUCAUUUAGGACAUCAGAAUCCUUCUCACCUAUUUGUCUACCAAGAUUCAAUUCCAUGGCAUUUUUAUAUGCUUAUGUGCAUUACCUUGAUGGUGACACAUACUUAAUAUUGCUGAGUACAAGUUCAGAUGCCUUUUAUCAUCUUAAAGAUUGCAGGAUUCGUGUUGAAAAUGUACUUUUGAAGUCCAAUGUGCUCGGUGAAAUUCAAAGAUCCAUGGUAGAUGGUGGCAUGCGCAUUGAAGAUUUACCUGAUGACCGUGGUUCCCGUUCUGGAGCAGUCUCCCCUCAUUUGGGUCAGCCUGGACAUGCAACGUAUUCAUCAGAGAGAUUCGACGAAGCAUUCCUAGGUGUUGGUGGCCCUGCUGGACUUUGGCAUUUUAUAUAUCGAAGUAUAUAUCUUGACCAGUACGUCUCAUCAGAGUUUUCCUCACCAAUAAACAGCAGACGACAGCAAAAAAGGUUAUAUAGAUCUUACCAGAAGAUUUAUGCAUCGAUGCACGAAGAAGGAAUUGGGCCCCACAAAACUCUGUUUAAAAGGGAUGAUAAUUAUGUUCUCUUGUGCUGGGUUACCCCGGAUUUCGAACUUUAUGCUGUAUUUGAUCCUCUGGCAGACAAGGCUCUUGCAAUUAAAACUUGCAAUAGGGUAUGUCAGUGGAUCAAGGAUGUAGAAAAUGAAAUUUUCUUGUUGGGAGCGAGCCCUUUUUCAUGGUGGACUGUUCCAGGCAAUACUUCAUUGCCAGAGUUUGCAGAGAUAUCUUUAUGAAUUCUCUUCAAAGGUUUUGGUGAAUUUGGACGUGGCGUCACAUUGGUUUAAAUGCUUAAGACGAGAAUUGCAAAAGGAUAUAAUUCCAUCUGCGGCUUGGAUGUUACCCACGUUAACGUUGUAACUGAGCAUCUGAACUGGGGAAACAAUAUGAUUGUAGCUUCCUGGGUGGAGAAGCAAUUUUAAGGUUUUCACAAGGAAUCGUACAAUCUCAUCAUUCAAACUUGAGCAAAUCGACUGCAUGAAAGAGAAGCAGAGAAGAAUAAAACCCAAAGUAUUUGUAAAAAAUUGGACACUUGUUUCAUAUACAAGAGAAAGUUCGGUGGAUGGGCUGGAAACAAUUAGGUAGCGGACAUUAACUAUUGCAUUGUUUUGUUCUCCGUUAAAGUUCGGUGGAUGGUCUGGAAACAAUUAGGUAGCGGACAUUAACUAUUGCAUUGUUUUGUUCUCCGUUAAAGUUCGGUGGAUGGUCUGGAAACAAUUAGGUAGCGGACAUUAACUAUUGCAUUGUUUUGUUCUCCGUUAAAGAUAUGCUACAGAAUAGAUGUACCAGAACAGUCGUCUUAGUAUGGAUUUCAUUUUACUAACUGACUCUCGGAUACCAUAGUCCAUAAAAUCAAUUACUAUAUUGCAAUACAUCGCGGUUAUUAUUGA